AUGAAGUUCUCGUCGCCGUUCGCUGCGGCCACGCUCCUUUCCGUGGCCGCUCUGGCCCAAGCAACGUCUCAGUUUUCCAUCGAAUCAGAUGAGGCCAUCAGGAAGACGUCGAGCCUGCUGGCUUGGGACAUGCUGCAGUACUAUCGCGGCAACCUCUCGGGUCAUACACCCGGUAUCCUCCCCGGACCACCGCCCGCCGGUGACUACUACUGGUGGCAGGCCGGAGCCAUGUGGGGGGCCUUGAUCGAUUACUGGCAUUGGACCGGAGAUUCGACGUACAACGACCUCGUCAUGCAGUCGAUGCAGUUUCAGGUCGGCGAAGGGAAGAAUUACAUGCCCAUCAACGUCACAGCCUCGCUCGGCAACGACGAUCAGGCAUUCUGGGGCAUGGCCGCUCUGAGGGCAGCCGAGUACGGCUUCCCGAAUCCGCCGCCCGACAGGCCCUCCUGGCUAGGCCUCGCCCAGACCGUGUUCGAGACGCAGGCGUCCCCGGAUAGGCACGACAAGACCUGCGGUGGUGGCUUGCGAUGGCAGAUUCCCUUUGCCAACAAUGGCUAUGACUACAAGAACAGCAUUGCCAACGGAUGCUUGUUCAACAUGGGCGCCCGCCUGGCCCGGUACACCGGCAACAAGACCUACGCCGACUGGGCCGUCCGCACCUGGGACUGGAUGGAGGAGGUUGGCUUCUUGAACAAAAAGUACGGCAUAUACGAUGGCGCGAACGUGACGACCAACUGCACGGCUUACAACAAGGCCGAGUUUUCCUACAACAACGCCGUCUUUGCCGAGGGCGCCGCCUUCAUGUACAACUUUGCCGAGUCCUGUGGCCGGUCGUCCAUUGCCAAAGCUGACAGCAUCCCUCUUCUGCGGCAGACGGGACUGGAACUGUGGAAGAGUCGAACGGAGAGGCUUGUCGACUACGGCCUCGGCCGAUUCCUACCCGACGGCAUCGCCAUCGAGAGCGCAUGCGAGAACACCGGCUGCAAAACAGACAUGUACACCUACAAGGGCUUCUUCCACCGGUGGUACGCCACCAUCACCCAGAUCGCGCCCUUCCUCGGUCCCAAGAUCCUGCCACCACUUAAGACGUCGGCUCAAGCGGCCAUCAAGCAGUGCACAGGCGGCGCCCUCGGCCGUCAGUGCGGUUUCAAGUGGCUCACCGGCGUCUAUGACGGCAACACGGGCCACGGCCAGGAGAUGAGCGUCCUAGGUGCCGUCUCCGCCCUCCUCAUCGAGAAGGCGACGCCACCUAUGACGAUUCACACCGGCGGCACCUCCAAGGAAGACACGAGAAAGCCGGGAGCAUGGUCUAGUGAAUCGCGGCGUGCCACGGUAGCAGACAAAGUCGGCGCCGGAUUCUUGACCGUCAUCCUCAUGGCAGUUGUCUGCGGCAUGUUGGGAUGGAUCAGCAUUUGA